UCGGUCAACCAAGUUUUCUCGUUAAACUGACCAGAUAUUUCCCACUGUCAUGUAGCCUUGAAACGCGCGUAGUCUUUCUCCUAUUUUCGUUUCUUAAACUGCUGAUGGCUGAAUCGAAACUAAAAUGCGAACAUUCGGACAACAGUGUUCGCAACAAACCAACGAACGAUGGCAAAUUCACGAUGCCUGGUCAACAAAAGGCAAUCGAUCCCAAUGUUUUGAAAGAAUACUUGGACAGUGUUUAUCCUCUACAAAAGGCUGCCCGUGAUGGCAGAGCUGAUAUUCUGAAGUUGUUGGUUAGAAAAUAUGGAAUGAAUGUCAACUGCCAAACAUAUGAUUUGGUGACCCCUCUACAUGAAGCCAGUGCCUGGGGUCACGUGAAUUGCGUCACUGAACUCAUUCAGUUAGAUGCUUCGGUGAAUGCCCGCAAUAUCGAUGGUUCGACACCCCUGUGUGAAGCAAGCAGCCAUGGAAAGACAGAAUGUGUCCGUCUACUUUUAACUGCUGGAGCAUACGUUAACCCUCCACUCCUACUCACAACUCCCUUACAUGAAGCAGUUUUCAAUAACAACUGGGAAUGUACUGAGAUUCUAACGGAAGCAGGAGCCAACUUAGAGGCAAGUGACAUCCAUUUCGGCACACCCCUCCUUGUUACCUGCUUGAAUGGUUACAUCAAAUGUGCCAAGGUUCUCCUACAAUCAGGAGCCAACGUAAAUGCUGCCAGAACACAUCAAACCCCUUUGCACGAAGCCAUAAAACAAGGUUUGGACAAUGAUUUCCUCACGCUGCUUCUUGAACAUGGUGCCAACACACGCAGCUUAAACAACCAAGGUUUGCUACCACGCCACUUGGCACACCGGAAUUCCAAUGUCAUUAAGUUGUUGGAUUAUUGGGAAAAAAACCCCCAGAGUCUGUUGUUCUAUGCUCGGAAAUCAAUCUUGAAGGCUAUCAGAAAUUAUCAUCUUAUUUCUAGACUUGAGAUACCUCAAAUCCUACAGAACUACCUCAGUUUCAAGUAACCCUUGACAAUAAAAUCUCAUUGCUACUCUAAAGACAAUUCCAGGA